AUGUACGAUUCGUCAGGUCGAGGUUAGAUCUGGGCUUGUUAUCGCUAGUUUAAAAGUCCGAGAACUGUUUGAAAAUCGAGGAAUACUUGUGGCUCCUCUCUGUUUAGCACUGUGUAAGCUAGCGGUAGGCAGAGAUGGAAGACUAUGUAAAAAUAGAGAAGAUCGGAGAAGGGACCUAUGGGGUGGUAUACAAGGGCAGACACAAGGCCACGGGGCAGGUCGUGGCUAUGAAGAAAAUCCGUUUGGAGAGUGAGGAGGAGGGGGUUCCUAGCACCGCCAUCAGAGAGGUGUCUCUGCUUCAGGAGCUCAAACAUCCCAACGUUGUACGACUCAUGGAUGUCCUGAUGCAGGAAUCUCGUCUCUACCUCAUCUUUGAGUUCCUGUCCAUGGACCUGAAGAAGUACCUAGACACUCUCCCCUCCGGCCAGUACAUGGACCCCAUGCAAGUCAAGAGCUACCUCUACCAGAUCUUGGAGGGAAUUUUCUUCUGUCACUGUCGCCGGGUCCUCCACCGGGACCUGAAACCUCAGAACCUCCUGAUAGACAACAAGGGAGUGAUCAAACUGGCCGAUUUUGGCUUGGCGCGAGCUUUUGGCGUUCCAGUCAGGGUGUACACCCACGAGGUGGUGACUCUUUGGUAUCGGGCUCCGGAGGUCCUGCUGGGCUCGCCCAGAUAUUCCACCCCUGUGGAUAUUUGGAGCACCGGAACCAUCUUUGCUGAGCUAGCUACCAAGAAGCCACUUUUCCACGGAGACUCGGAGAUAGACCAGCUCUUCAGGAUUUUCAGAACCCUGGGCACACCAAACAAUGAUGUGUGGCCCGAAGUGGAAAAGCUGCCCGACUACAAAAACACUUUCCCUAAAUGGAAGGCCGGCAGCUUGUCAUCGAUGGUGACAAACCUGGACGAGAAUGGUCUGGACCUGUUGGCGAAAAUGUUGACCUACAAUCCUCCAAAGAGGAUCUCUGCACGAGAGGCCAGGAGCCAUCCUUACUUUGAUGACCUGGACAAGUCCAUCCUGCCAGCUGUUAGCAUUUAGAGCAAACAUGGACCAUCCAUAGAAACACAUGAACUCUGUUAACCUGUAAAUAUUUGUGUGUUGUGUGGGAUUUACUGCAGACCUAAAGUUUCUAAUAUCUUUUCAAUAAAAAUGCACAUUGUGUGAAUCUCAAA